ACCAGGCACAUGCAUCCAGUGCAGCCCCAGCUCAGGCUCACUUGGCUGGAGACAUCUGCUACUGAAGGAUGUUCUCUUGCUGCCGGCCCACCUCUGGGGGCUCUGGUUCCCAGGAACCCCAGGGGUGCGGCUUGUUCCAAUGCUCUAGGCAUUGGCUCCAGCAUAGAUACCAAGGCGUCAGGGCGGUGAUCAGGAGGCGCCGUCAGGGUGCUGGGGCCUUGGCCGGGAAGGGGCAUCGGAUCGCCCUGAUGAAGUCCAGCCAGACGGAGCUGCUGGAGCACAAAGUCCGACAACUGCUGCUCGCCUUGCAGCGCAGGGACGUCAUCUCCAUUUGCAGCUUCUUAGACGACUAUCGUGGAUUCGCCACCACGGACGAGGUGCUGGACCUGCUGUUCACCGAACAGCACAUGCCGAGUUCAGACGUGGAACUCCGUGCCCGGCGUAACCUCCAGCAAUUCAGACUCCUCCAUACAGUGGAGCCAGAGGCUGGGGCUCAGGAGCGCGUCCCAGCUCUGACCGUGGGGACUGCUGCCCCGUCGGGGCCUGCGGGGAUCCAGGCCUUCCUGGCUGCUGGAGCUGAGGGCUCGGCCCGCGCUGAAGUGCCUGCUGGGGAGGCGAAGCCCCUGCAGAUAGUGGUCACUGCUCUAGUUCACUGCUCCGCCCUGGAGGAGCCCCCUGCACCCGCGGCCACCCCAGAGGAGGAGCAGAACCCGGCACCUGCAAUCGGGGUCCCCAGAGUGCCAGAGCCGCCACCUGCAUCUGGAACAACUGGCUUCGACCCCUGAGCUCACCCCAGCUUCCAAAGCAGGGCUCAUGGUGGCUGCAGCCCAACGGAGGCUUGCCCUCCCCUGGCAUUUCACUGUUUCUUUAUUUUCCAUUUUUCUUUAACCUUUAACCUGUAUAAUGGCUUAUGAGUUUUAUUGUAAUAAAGGAUAAGUUAACUUCACACAA